UGACUCAUCGUCGUCCGCGUAAAGAGCAGCCUUCUCCUUCGGGGCAUCGUCUUCUCCACCCCCCCCUCCCUCCUCGCCCCUCCGCUUCGAUUCAAUCCAAAUCCAAAUCCAAAUCGACCUCCUCCCCGCCGCCCGCGUCGCCGCCGAACUCCCUCGGAUCCCGCCCCAAUGCCCUCCUCCCCGCUCGCCGCCGGCGACGCCCCGUCCACCUCCGGCCCCGCCUCCGCCUCCGCCUCCGCCGCGCCCGCCGAUGACGACGACCGCGUCUUCCUCGUCCAGCACCGGUGGUGGAGGGAGGCGCAGGAGGGCGCCGAGAUCGACGCGAAAGGGGUGCCCUACGCGGCGGCGCCGUCGGGGCCUCCGUCCUACGGGAUCCGCGGGGUGAUCAGCAUGCUCAUGAGCGACAACGCCGCCUUCACCCUCCGCCGCGCCGACGACCUCCUCCAGCCCGACGCCUCCGCCAAGGCCGGGGCCAGGAGCUACGCGCUCGUCGCGGCCGACCUCUUCGGGAAGGCACGCACCUGGCAUUCUGAUCCUCUCAAGUCUAAUGGCAAAAGUUCAUUGCUUACUGAAGAGGCAUCCGUAAACAUUUAUCCUAUAAUGCUUAGAGUUUCCGUCACUCGAGGUACAAAUGCACUAACGGUGAAGAUCAGUAGAAAGGACAACUCAGCCGAGAACUUUAAAAAAGCAAACAAGAUUCUGGCUUCGGAGUCUGAGCCGGUUCACAUAUGGGAUUUCUCUGGGCGAACAACCUUCAUAUUGAUGAAUGAAUGGAACCGUAUGCCCCAAGAUCCUCGGUCUUCUGACCAGGAGAUGCCUCUAGAAAUACAAUUCUAUGAUAUAUCAGAACCUCCGGCUAAUGGUGCCGCUGGGAGAAAAGACGAGUUAUCAUUGACCAUGGGUAGCUCAGCUUUUAGCAACGGUGGCAUCAUGGACAUGGAUCUGGAUUCAUCAGGUGGAAUCUGUAAGCAAGUUGGCUCUGGUUUAAUAGGAUUAGACAAUCUUGGAAACACAUGUUUCAUGAACAGUGCAGUCCAGUGUUUGGCUCAUACUUCAAAGCUGGUCGACUUUUUUCUUGGAGAUUACCAGAAGGAGAUAAACACCCAUAACCCACUAGGAAUGAAGGGGGAGCUUGCUUAUUCAUUUGGAGAUCUGGUGAGGAAGUUGUGGGCUAUUGACGGAACCUCAUUUUCUCCUCGCCAGUUUAAGGCAAGACUUGCACGCUUUGCCCCCCAAUUCAGUGGCUUUAACCAACAUGAUUCACAGGAGCUUCUUGCUUUCUUAUUGGAUGGACUACAUGAAGAUUUGAAUCGUGUCAAAUGUAAACCCUAUGCUGAAGCAAAGGAUUCAGAUGGUCGUCCUGAUGAACAGGUUGCAGAUGAGUACUGGGGCAACCAUUUAGCCCGAAAUGAUUCCAUUAUUGUUGAUACAUGCCAGGGCCAAUACAAGUCUACGUUAGUUUGCCCACUUUGCAAGAAAGUGUCCAUAACGUUUGACCCGUUUAUGUAUUUAUCUUUGCCCCUGCCUUCAACGACAAUGAGAACAAUGACCGUAACAGUCUUUAGUACUGACGGCUCUAUUGGGCCAUCUCCUUACACUGUGAGUAUACCAAAAUCUGGGGACUUUAAGACACUCAUCAAUGCGUUAAGCAAUGCUUGUUCGCUUAGAGACGACGAACGCCUCCUGGUUGCUGAGGUUUACAAUAGUUCUCUUAUCCGCUACUUGGAGGAUCCCUCUGAUGACAUCUCCUUGAUCAGAGAUGGAGAUAAAUUGGUUGCAUAUCGACUUCCGAAAGACAGUGAAGGUGCACCUGUGGUGGUGUUCAAAAGCGAACGUAUGGAGUCCUCCAUCUCUAGUUUUGGUAGGAAGUCUUGGAAGAAUUUUGGCACUCCUCUUGUGUCAAAUCUCCCCGACACAAUUGAUGGGCGUACUAUCUACAAUCUUCUCCUAAAAGCUCUGACACCAUUCCGAGUAUCGAAAGAUGAUGCUUUGGACGCAGACCAAAUAACUGGCAAAAGCAGCCCCGUGAAUGAAACUUCAGACGUCGAUAUGAGCUCCGAUGCUGCAGAAUGCUCCAGCAUGAACACUAAUGCUGGUGAGGAUGACAUGAUGACUGAAGGUGGCAUGCUGUUUUCCUUGAAUACUGAGAGGUUUCCGAACCAGCGUCUGAAGAUAGAAAUGGAUCAAACUAUUACACUUUCCAAUUUGCAGAAGCGUUUGAUUGUGUCUGUGAGUUGGCAGGAUAAUGGUCUCAAGCAAUACAACCUUGAUUCUUUGGAUUCGCUUCCAGAGGUUUACAAGACCGUUCUAUUUACAAGGAAACCACAGGAAACCUGUUCCCUGUAUGCAUGUCUUGAAGCAUUUAUAAAGGAGGAACCAUUGGGCCCAGAAGACAUGUGGUAUUGCCCAGGUUGUAAAGAACAUCGACAAGCUUCUAAGAAACUAGACCUUUGGAGGUUACCGGAGAUCCUCAUAAUACACCUAAAAAGAUUUUCAUACAGUCGGUACACAAAAAACAAGCUGGAUACAUAUGUGGACUUCCCUAUUCAUGAUCUUGACUUGUCGAGUUAUAUCCGUGACAGAAGCGGGCAGAUGUCCAAUCACUAUCAACUGUAUGCUGUCAGUAACCACUAUGGGAGCAUGGGAGGAGGUCACUACACCGCCUAUGUUUAUAAUGAUGGGAAAAAGAAGUGGUAUGAUUUUGAUGACCGUUGUGUAUCAGGUCUUGAGAACGAGGAUAGCAUAAAGACAUCGGCAGCUUAUGUUCUUUUUUAUAGGCGGGUACAUGGUGAUAGUAGCUUAGUAGAUACAGAAACAACAACAAUAGAGUCUACUGAUUGUACAACAUCAGAUGUAGCGGCAGCGGGUGACUUGUGAGCCUGGACAUUGUAUAGCUGAUUGGUUAAUUGGGGCCUGGGGGGACAGUUGUGCUGCCAAGAAAGAUCCAGGAGGACAAAUGAUGGCAGCGGCAUCGACUGACAUUUUGUUGUGCGGAUGCAAUGUAAAGGAGCCGAGGUGGAAGGGAAGCCGCGGCAGUGAUUCUUUCCAACACCCUGACUUGAAGGCGGAGGAGAAGCUGAUAACUCCAGACAUAGACAGGCCGGCUGUUGGCUUGUAUUGUGGUUACCAUGUCGUGUGCGUUUGAAUUGAAACCCAUGAUUUUCUUGGGUCGAGAAAGAAACGGGGGUAGAUAAUUUAUCAUAUAAUAUACCGCUGCUGUUCCCUCGGUUGUUUCUGAAGAUGCACUGUGAACUCGUGCUGCUAAUAUUUGGCUCGAGGAAGAAUUUAUAUACAGCUGCAACCUGAGUACAGUUUUGUCGUC